GCACUUUUGACCUCAUUUAAACGGCACGUUUUCAUUUUUAGUGUCAAUCACAUUGGUAAUAACGGUUACCCGGCCAGCUCGCAUAACGGUUAAUAUUUGCUGCGAUUAAUUAUUUUCAGAUUAUAUCUGUAUGGAGUGUUUUGAUUUGGCAUCCCACUGUGUGGGCGGGUAAAUGAAUAGGAGAACAAUAUUCUAUAAAGUUUACCUGAGAAGCUGCUGACACGCACCCACCGGCCUGGGCGCAUACCAGUUUACUAUACUUAACAUAAAAGAGAAUAGCAACCGGCUCUCUUCCAGUCAGUCUGUCUUCGGGCCUCGCUACGGCCAUACGCUAUGCGUUUAUGAGUUUAAACGUCCACAAUAGUACCAAAUAAUAACAGUAUAAUAAUCAUAUUUAAGGCUUGCUAAAAAUAUUAACAAAUAACUUUUAAAUCAACUGCACCAGUGAUUGAAAAAAGAAAAUUGGACAUCAUAUAAGAACACGGUACACUAUGAAAAUUGCUAUAAUAGCUCUCCUGGCCGUGUCCACGGUCAGCUCGCAGUGUUUCUAUAAGGAUGACUCAUCUAAGAAGUUGGACCCAGAAGCGCGAACGAACCUCUACCGGGGACAAUUAGAGUUCACUCUCAAUCUGUUCAACGCCAUCAAUAAAGCUGUGCCCAAUGACAACAUAUUCUUCUCGCCGUUCUCAGUCUACCAUUCAUUAUUGCUCGCUUAUUUUUCUGCUGGAGGUGAAACAGAGAAGUCGUUGAAACAUUCUCUGCAGCUUUCGGAUAACUUAGACAAGAUCAAUUUGAUGACUGCGUACAAGGUGGACAAGCGUUCGCGCGCGGCGAACAACAAUAGCGACAGCUACGAGUUCACCAACGCCAAUAAGCUGUUCGUCGACGAACAACUGCGCGUACGCGAAUGUAUGCUGCAGCUGUUUGGGGAGGAAAUGGAAGCGCUGAAUUUCCAUGACAAUCCGCGGGAGUCUAAGGACUACAUUAACGAGUGGGUGUCACGCGUCACCAAGAACAAUAUCAAAGACCUGUUGCCCGACGACGGAGUCAGCGAGUCUACAAAACUGGUGCUUGCCAAUGCGGCCUACUUCAAGGGAGUCUGGGCGUCCAAGUUCCCUGUCGAGAGAACUAAGAAGGAAGCCUUCUUUGUAUCCGAGACCCGUCAAACUCUAGUGCAUUUCAUGAAGCAGAAGGGGACUUUCCAUUACAUGGUGAGCGACGAUCUCGGAGCACAGAUCCUGGAGCUGCCGUACAAGGGCAACGACAUCAGCAUGUACAUCUUGCUGCCGCCGUACUCCAUGAAGGAAGGAGUGACCAACAUAAUCCAGAACCUGACUCCGGAGAGGCUGGCAGCGGUCGUGGAGGAGAGCUACAUGGGGCGUGAGGUCAUCGUCGAGAUUCCCAAAUUCACCAUAGAAAGAAGCCUGCCACUCAGAGAGAUUCUUGAAGUAGUGGGUGUGGGCGACUUGUUCAACGCGAGCGCAGACUUCAGCACGCUCACUGAACAAGGCGGCGUGCUCUUCGAUGAUGCGGUGCACAAAGCCAAGAUACAGCUCGACGAAGAAGGUACAGUAGCAGCGGCUGCGACCGCCAUCUUCGGUUUCCGGUCAUCGCGGCCCGCCGAGCCGAGUCGUUUUAUCGCCAACUUCCCGUUCGUAUACGUUAUCUACGAGAGGCCCACUAGUUCCAUCCUCUUCAUGGGAGUUUACAGAGAUCCCAAGAAGUAACUUACUAUCACAAGAGUCGUAAAAGACUGAAUAAGUACCGCUUAAUAUGUUAUCUACAAAAUUUCCAUGAAAAAAUGUGAUAAAGCAGCCGUGUACGGCCAACGUAUCUAUUACAACUGGCCUAUAUCAAUUAAUACUUAAUGAAAAAAUACUUUUUAAACGCUAAUUAUAAAAUAAGUUAUUGUUUUGAAUUUAGAGCACGUUGAAAUACUUACUGUUUAUAAAAAAAAACUUCUAAGUUAUUUAUUACUAGGACUAUUUUUUCGUGUUAAAGUGUGUUAGUUAUCUUAUCAAUAACUAAGUGCUUAGUAGCAGUAAACAUUUGGUUUAAAAGGCAAUGAUAUAAACUUUUUUAUGACUAUAUUUUGUUAUUUCAACUCAUUUAGAAUGUUCAUCUAUAAUUUGGAUUUAUUUGUGUUUUAUUACUUUUACAUUAAAAAGUCAUCAAUAUAAUAAUUAAACUGCAAAUAUUUACUUACUUAUUACAACUACUUAGAUAGAUUGUUUAUUAUAUAUAUUUAUUAAUAUUAUUUAACAAUAAUUAAUAUAGUAAGUUGUUAUGCAAUAGUUAACUAUAAGUUUUUACCUAGUUAAAUAAAU